UAAGAUAAACACAGCGUUGCGUCAUUGUUAUUGUGGCUCUCUAAACUCCCAGCUGCUUACAGACAUUUCACCUUCAUUCGAGCUUCUACAACCGCAAAAGAACGAAAACCACAACGCGAAAAUGUCGAUUCAAAAGGACGUUUCCUCUGACGAGAGUUUGCAAGGUUCCUGGGUUGAGCUGCACUUCAGCGGGAACGGGUCUCAGGGGACCUUUCAUCGAGGAGGCCAGGAGCAGAUCUCCACGUCCAGCCAAGAGGGCGACGUGGAGCGAAUGCUGCUGGAAGCACAACAUGAGUCAGGCAGAAGCAGCUCGAGAGGAAGCUCUCAGUGCAACAGCCCUCUCAGAUCACAGACCCCUCUUCUGGUGUGGAGAGGCUCAGAGGGGAACAGCUCACAGUCUGAUGAAGACUUCCAGGAGAGACGGCGGGAGGUGGAGAACCUGAUGAAGAAAAACGCUGACUGGAUCUGGGACUGGUCCAGCCGACCGGAAAACAGCCCUCCAAAGGAGUUCCUGCUGAAGCGCCCCAAGUGUGCGUCCUCUCUCAGCAUAAGGAACACCAGCGUCAUGAAAAAGGGAGGCAUCCUGUCCGCCGACUUUCUCAAGCUUUUCCUUCCUUCGUUAAUCAUUUCUCACAUACUUGCUGUCGGCCUAGGGAUUUACAUUGGGAAGCGCCUUACUUCCCAUAACACCUACUAAAGAUGGCGGUGAUCGGUUGCGCACCUUCCGUUGAAAACAGCUAAGCAUGCCUUAAAAAUGAGAAACCUUGAAGUGGGCGAGGAAAAGUGACUUUUUCUCAGCAAAUUUGCAGCCUAAACCUUUGAACACAGCAAUCCGCUGCACCACCGUUCUGCUGCUUUAUGCUCCUGUAAUCUGCAUGCUAAGUAAGGAACUGACUGGUACUCAUGUUCAAAUUAAUCUUUGAGAUCAUGUGCUGUGAAAUUUUUUUUUUUUUUUAGAUCAACAAAUAUAUAAGGGAAUUUUUUCUUUUAUGCAUAUAAUGAAUCAAAAGCUCCACUUAUAGAUGAAUAAACAGUUAUAGUGAAUUGUGGGUUGUUUUAUUUCUACAAAAAAAGAAAAAAAAAUGGAAAUCAUGCCAGAAUUUAAAGUAAAACCAACCAUGCAGAUGAACACAAUUAAAAUUUUAUUGAACUUUGGUCAAAAUAAUAAGUGAAUACAUUGCCACCAUGUUAGGAAUCAAUGGACAAAGACAAUGCAUUAUGUGUUUUAAUGUCAUCAUUAUAUGUUCUGCGUAGUCCACCUUCAUUUCUGCAUUUCAAUUUGGAUGGCAUCCCUAUAAAUGAAUAAGGGCACAUGUAUGAGGCCUGUCUUUUAUUUUCCUACAGGAUUCUGAGGCACUCCAUCACAGAGAGAAACUGUGCAAUCUUCCUCCUUCGCGUUUCCAUAGACGGCCACAUAUAGCAGCAGUGUAUGAGGACAUAACUCUAGAAAAUAGGAUUUACAAAUAAUGCACAUGAGGUUCGUUAAAAACGCUUGGGGAUGUUAAAAGUCGUAGCUGUCACUGAUAGAAGUAGGUAUUUAAGGCUGCAGAUUCCCUUUGUCCUGGACCCAUUCAGCUUCGCCUCUCCACAGAAACACAUAAUGAGCCGUUUCCAAAAACCGAUGGCCCCGAAUACUAUUCCCAUUUUCGUUGAGAUCUGCUCAAUAGACAGUGGUGUGACUGGACAUUUUCCACCUCUCUACAACAUAAAAAACAUGCAAAGCAAUAAACAUGUUUUAAUACAUACUUCUAAAUUUAAAAACACAUCUGUAGUUUUAGUUUCUUUUUAUUAUGUGGAUGACAAGGUGUAUUUAAGUAGAUACAGUCAGUGAAGUUAUAUCACCUGUAUUAACUGGGGUAAAAUAAGAGGGUGGGGGAUGGGGAGAAACAAGUCCACUUUCCAAAUUCACGGCCCACGAGUUCGGCCUAAAGGAUGAGGCCAAACGCGGGAAUGCUAAGCAUUAUUCCGUGCCUGAGGACCCCGAAGUCUUCGACAAGACGCCGUUAUAAAGAUGUUAAACUGUGAAAUGAAGGCUUAAAAUGUCAACAAAAACAACAGCAACUUUCAAGAGUUUGACCUCUACUGGUUUCCGUCAAUUAGACCUGAAUGGGGCUUUCCGGGAUGGGGAGGGAAGGGGAGGCAUGUUGAUUGCCCUGGUUGCCACAGGCGAAAAUCAACCUAAGCUCAGACUCGAAAUAAAACAGCCUCCUGUGGCAAAAAAAAAA